UUAUCAUUUGUUUUCGUCCGAUAUUUAGAGGCUCCGGGAAGAACUCAACAAUCACAAUGCCGGCCAUGGCGGAUGAAACGGAAACGAAAAUCUCUGACGAUGGAGAAGAAGGAAUUGUAGAAAAAGACGCAAAAGUAUUAAAUUUUCUCGAUUCAUUGGAUAGCUAUCUGAUUCUCAUGGACACUUUAUCUUCAACACUUCGCCAGGGAUGUCUGGAGUUGGCUAGUGCUCGACUUUCUAUGGGUGCGUCACGCAUCAACAGCUCAUUGCUUGACCUCAAACCACAUUCUGCCUCAACUACAUUGGAAAUUGAUCAUUUGGAAGGAUCCAGGAUGGAGCAGGUGCAUUUCAGAUUAUGCAAGUGGGUUUCUUCUGCUAGUCCAGAAAGCUCACCCAAGGAAGGUAAAUAUGAUGAGGACAAGCUGUUGCAUAGAAAAUCUCACAGUCCAGAGUCCACGCACCAUGGUGAUGAUUCUGAAGCUCAGGGGAAGAAGCAAGAAAGUAAUGGAUCUCCGCGAGACCAAGCUCAGAGAGAGCGGCUCAAAUCACUAUCUAUGUUUGGAAUGCUGGUUUCUCCAAAGCUUCGUGCUGCCCAACUUUCAUAUGAGACAGCUCUGGAUACUAUCAUAGAAAUAGCAAACAUGCGAACAUCACUGCUGCAUGCGUACAAUCAAGUGGUGGAAGAUAUGAAAGUCACUCCAAAUGACUAGAGACAGCUUAUGUACCCGGGAUGACUUUUCAUUGGAAGGAAUCGAGUUGUUUAUUUUCUAAUCUAAAUUUAGAGCAUUUGAAGCUCCUCACACCUCAUCUGCUUGGUUCUCCUCCAAAAUCUAUCUCGCAAACCAUUUUGACUUGCUUGGUGGAUGUAUGCUCGAUUUUUGUAAAAGAUUGUAGCUUAGCUAGAAAUCACAGUUAAGCUUAUCAUAUAGUUAAUGAUGGUAGGCUGUAGCAUUGCCUGCCUUUCUUUAUGACAGUCAAAUGCAGAAAGUCAGUCUGUAAAUUUUUAUACAUGCAUUCAUCUUUGAUGUUAUGUACUUUUCUAUCGUAAUAAACUGUCCCUUAAUGCAAUUUUGACUACA